CAUCCAGCGAGCGGCCGUCUGGAUCCUGGAGAAUUACUACCAGGAUUUCCCGGUGUUCAACCCCGCCCUCCUCAACCUGCCCAAGUCCGUCCUCUCCAAGAAAACGGCCGGCUUUAAAGUCUAUUCCCUCGGCGAGGAAAACUCAACCAACAACUCCACCGGUCAAUCUCGCGCCGUCAUCGCGGCGGCCGCCCGGAGACGUGACAACAGCCACAACGAGUAUUACUACGAGGAGGCAGAACACGAGCGCAGGGUGCGGAAACGCCGCGCCAGGUUGGUGGUGGCAGUGGAAGAAGCCUUCACCCACAUCAAACGGCUGCAGGAAGAGGAUCAGAAGAACCCACGGGAGAUCAUGGACCCACGGGAGGCAGCUCAAGCCAUCUUUGCCUCCAUGGCUCGGGCCAUGCAGAAGUAUCUACGUACCACCAAGCAGCAACCCUACCACACCAUGGAGAGCAUCCUGCAGCACCUCGAGUUCUGCAUCACCCACGACAUGACACCCAAGGCGUUCCUUGAGCGGUACCUGACAGCUGGACCCACCAUCCAGUACCACAAGGACCGUUGGUUGGCCAAGCAGUGGACACUGGUCAGUGAGGAACCGGUGACAAACGGCCUGAAAGAUGGGGUGGUCUUUGUGUUGAAGCGCCAGGACUUCAGCCUGGUGGUGAGCACCAAGAAGAUCCCUUUCUUCAAACUUUCCGAAGAGUUUGUAGACCCCAAGUCACACAAGUUCGUCAUGAGGUUGCAGUCGGAGACCUCCGUGUGA